CCGUUGUGUGCAAAGCACAUAGGUAUCUGAGGCACAGCACCUGGUCUUUGCAUAAACAGUGUACUACGGAUUGGUAAUUACGUGCCACCGUGCAGGCCCGCCUCCUUAUAAAUGCUUCCAUUCUCCCUUUUCCAUAUGCUCUGCCACCAUGAAACAAUAUCUUUACUUCGGCAUUAAUGAAGUCUUGAUUGAGGGCUUACUACCACUCUACCAAGAUGUCUACAAUCCGGAGCACACUCAUUCAAACAGCCAACAGCUACAUAGCGGGAUUCAAUACCAAUACUGCGGAAGGAGUUAUAGCAUCCCGCACCGCAGAUUGCAAACAAACUAUCCAUCCGUCCAGCGUUCCUCCACCAUGGAACAGCCCACCUCGCACCAACGAGGAAUACCAGGCCUUCAUUUUGCCUGGGUUCAAGAUGCUGCGGAACAUCCAGAUUGGUAUCGUUGAGGGAGAGGACAUGAUUGUCGAUGAAGUGUCCCGCAAGGUCCUGCUGCAUCUCAAGUCUACAGGCGAGACGGACUUUGGCCCGUACUCUAAUGAGUACAUGAUAGUGCUUAAGACGAUCGAAGACGGAACGCUGAUUAAAGAGAUUGUGGAGUUCAUAGACAGUGCUACUACUCGUGACGUGGCAGCGAGUCUAGCCCAGCAUAUCAAAGCAGAGUAAUGGGAUGGAGCAGGCGUAUAGGCGAUGAUGAAUACUAGCAACCAACUAGAAUGGGAGUGCCGAAUCCUAUUUCGCUGACUAAAUGCUUCGUGAACCUUGGUCAGGAGAUGAUCCGAUUUUACCGGUCAGUGCAAUCUGCAUCGGCAUGUCUUUGCAGGUCUCACUGGUGCCGGCGAUAAACUCCUCGAUGAGAGAGAAGACUGCAUGGUUUUUUU